GCCGGAGCAUGCACCCCUUCGUGCCGCCCGCCUCGCCGCCGCCUCACGCUCAGGCGCUGCUGGAGGCCGCCGUGUGCCCCGGCCUCUGCCCGCCGGCGCGGCCCCCGCCCGCCGCCAGCCCUUACCUGUGGCUCGGCGGCCACACCGCACCCUACGUACCCAGCGGGCCGCUCCUCCCGCCGGGCCCGGAGCGGGGCUGGGCGGCGCUGAGCCCGCCUCAGGAGUGCCCGCGGCCGGCCAGGCCGCCUUACUCGUACUCGGCGCUGAUCGCCAUGGCCAUCCACAGCGCGCCGGGCCGGCGGCGCACCCUCAGCCAGAUCUACCAGUACGUGGCCGAGAACUUCCCCUUCUACAAGAAGAGCAAGGCGGGCUGGCAGAACUCCAUCCGCCACAACCUCUCCCUCAACGACUGCUUCAAGAAGGUGCCGCGGGGCGAGGACGACCCGGGCAAAGGCAGCUACUGGACCCUCGACCCCAACUGCGAGAAGAUGUUCGAUAAUGGCAACUUCAGGAGGAGGAGGAGGAGACGGGCCGAGGCCGGCGCGGCGGAGGGGAGCGGCGGGUCCUGCCCCGCUGGGCUGCGGGCAUCCCCCGGCGCCGGGGCUCCGAUGUGAGAGCGGCACCGGAGAGGAAUGGGUUACAAAGUUCUGGACCCAACCGUAUGGGUUGAACUCUCUAUUUUCACCUUGAGACUGUUUGCCCUGGGACAGCACACCCUGAAAAUGCAUCAAAACACAACAAGGAGAACCGGUGGGGGUGCAGGUACUUUAGGGUUUCCCACUGGGAUCCUUGUAACAGCUCAGCAAGUCCACGCACAACUGAAGGACCACACCAUAUUGCCAGAGCUUUUCUUCAGGGACCAUUUCAGAUGAUGAUUCAAUGUGCACAUGGAGGCCAUCAUUUGUAUCUCUUUGUGCUUCUCUUGUACUCUUAAUUCUAUUUUUGUGUAUUGGAAAGAAAAAGUGAAUUUUUCUAAUAAAUCAAUCUAACUGGA